AUGCGAGCCUUUCUAAAGAGCUCCGAGGGGUGUUUCCAGCUGAAACCCCACACCACGACCAUCGGGAGCCACGGAGGGGCCGACAUCGUCCUGCAGUCCGCAGGUGUAGCAGAUCGUCACGCAGCCCUGGAAUUCUCCGCCUCGGACAACAGCUUCGUCCUCCAGGACUUCAACUCCCCCCACGGCACCUUUGUCAACAGCUGCCAGGUCCAGAAUGCGGCCGUGAGGGUGAGGCCGGGGGAUAUCCUGCGCUUCGGCACCGCGGGAGCCGCCUUCGAGCUGGUGCUGGAUGGGGCUGCCCAGAUGUCCCAUCCCCCCUUGAAACGCCGCACAGGGUGGACGGGGCAGCUCCAGGUGGUUGCAGAGCCCAAACCCUCAGCUCCUGUGUCUCCUCCCCGCCUGCCCUUGCUGCAGUGGCAGCAUCCCCCUGGCUCUCCAGGCAGUGGGACUCGUGGAGCCCCCACCCACCAGCCCCAUCCACCGCUGCUGAGGAGACCCCUGAGCGCCUGGGGCAGGAGCGUGGCCAGCGCUGCCUCUCUGGACACCUUCAGCAGGACCUCUGCGGUGAGGGCAGUCUCAACCAGCUCCUCAGGUGAUUGUGCAAGCAGCGUGGGGGGAGCCCCUUCCCUGGGGACUCACAACAAGGAUCUCCUCCAGCAGGAGAAGGGUGAGAAGCUGCUGCAGCUGGAGCAGGAAAUGGGUCACCUGUCUGGUUUGGAAACAGAGUCAAAGCGCAAAGACGUGGUGAUAAGAGAUCUGCAGGAGGAGGUCGCGGCCAUGGCAAAGAAACUGGCCCAGGCGGCGGCGAGGAACGAGGUUGAGCUGACCCAGAAGCUGCUGGCCUUCAACCAAGAGCUGGGAGCCAAAACAGAGGAGAUCAAAGCCCUGAGGGAACAGAUCAGUGACCUGCAGAAAGGCUCGAGCCAGGUUUUCAGCCAUUCCCUCUAUGAAAGAGACCUGGAAAUUGGGAGGCUCCGGAGAGAAAGCGAGAAGCUGAAGAGGGACCAGGCUUUGACUGCAGGCCUGGUGAGCAGCCUGCAAAGGGAGGUCCUGCAAAAGGAGCAGAAAAUCCAGCAACUCCAGCAAGAGAUUGAAAAACUGAAGAAGGAAAAUCGAGAGAAGGGCAACCAGCUGGCAGUUGUUUCUGCCAAGUGCUCGAGAAUUAAAGAGGAAACGAAGCGCGAGCUUGGAGAGCAAGAAAUAAUCAGCUGUCGAAAUCGCAUUGGGGAGCUGGAACGGGACCUGGAGGGGCUGCAGAUGGAAAUCCAGAAGCAUUGUGCCAAGCAGGAGGCCGUCCAAAAGCAGCUGGCUGAGAAAGCCAAGGUGGAGGAGGAGCUGGAGGCAGCCUGUGCCCGGCAGGCGGGGCAGCUGCGGGAGAUGGGGCGCAGGGAGCGGCUGCUGCGAGCGGACCUGCGGCGGGCAGGGGAGCAGCUGGAGUCCUUCAAGACCCAAGUGAUGCAAGUCUGUUCUCCAUCAGCAGCAGGCAGCACAGGGAAAUCCAUAACGGAGCAGCAGGUGAUAGAGAGGGUCAGGCAGAUCUGUGAUGAGAACCAGCAGAGCCAUGAGAGGGAGAAGUGUCUGCAGGACGAGUUAAGCUCCAGGCUCACGAAGGAGAAGGAGGUGUCUGCAAACACUGAGGUGCUCAAGAACUCCCUGUGGGGGCUCCAGGCUUGCCUGAGGAGCUCCUGCAGCAGCGCCAGCCUGCGAGGGGAGCUGGAGCAACUGGAGGUGGCGUCCCUGGAUCCCCCCAUCUCAGCCAUCAGGACAGCAGUGGUGGACAUGGCAAGUGUCCCCCUCUCCUGGCUGCAGGACCUGGAGCAGCUCCUGGCCAGUGCAGGGAUGGACCUGUGCACCUCUGGCCAAGGGUUGUUGGCUGCCUUCAGGAGCUUGCUGGGAAAGAGUCAGGAAAUGGCACAGAGGAAUCAGCUGUUGCAGGAGCAAUUAGAGAAGCUCCAGCAGUCGCAGGCAGAGAUGCUGCAGGAGAACAAAAAGGAGCUGGAAGCAAAACAUGAGCAAGACUUGGAGAUAAAAAUCCAGCAAAUUAUCCUGGAAAAGGACAAGGAGAACAAAGAGGUUCUGGAAAGCGCUCUCGCCGAGGAGAAGGACAAGUGUGAGAAACGUGUGGAGGAAGAGCAGAGGAAGAUCCAAGAGCUGGAAAGUCACCUGAGAAGCAUGGCUGAGGCAACAGCAAGGAAGGCAGAGAAGCAGGAGGUGAUAGAGGGCAAACUGAAAGAAGCUUUGCGUGAGCUGGAGGAAACCACUGCCCGAGAGGUGUCGUUACAGCAGCAGGUGCUGGUACAGGACGAGCAGCUCAGGGCUCUCCAGGAGGAAAAGGAGCUACAGGGGCAGAAACUGCAGGAAGAAAUAGCAGGAUACAGGGAGCAAAGCAAGCAGCAUUCCCUGACCAUCGUGGCUUUAGAGGGCAGGCUGCUGGAGGCCACGCAGGAGCAGAAGGUGCUGGAGGAGGAAAAGGCAGCACUUGUGGAAAAAAUGGAAGGAACUCAGCGUGGUGCCCACAAGUCAGGAUCGGGAGCUCAGCUGGAGGUUUGUCCUGCCAUGGAGUCACACAUUUGUCUGGGGAAACUGCGGGAGGAGCUGGCAGUGGCUCAGAACCUGCUCCUGGAAAAGGAGGCCUUCAUUGGCAGGCUCACCAGGGAGCUGUCGGAAAGCAGGGCCAGGAUGUCGGACAUGAGAGGGGAGCUGAGCGAGGAGCAGAAGGUGGAGCUGGAGAAGAACCAGAGAUGCCUGAAACACCGGGAGCAGGAAGUGAACCAGCUCAGGGAGAAGCUGUCCCACAUGUCCAGCCUCAUGGAGGAGAAGGAUCAAUCCCUGAAAGCAGCAGCUGAAGAGUUAAGGCGAGCCCAAGCCCGUUGCCAUGUGCUGAGGGACGCUUCCCAACAAACAGUGGAAAAGCCGGAGGAUGCUCCCAGGACACCAGUGCGGGUGCCAUCGUUGGACUUGGCUGACCUCGGUGCAAAGUGCCGAGGCCUCAGGCACGAGGAAACGAUCCAGCGCCAAAAGGAAGGUCUGGCCGAGCUCCGGCAGAGAGUAAAGAUGCUGGAGAAGAGGCAGAGCUCAGGUGCUGUGAAGAAGGGUUUGGAGCCACUGGUGAAAGACUUACCAGAGGAGAUAGUCCAGCACACAGGGCUUGAGAUGGAGCCUGCACCCAUAUCAGGAACAAAAUUGAAGGCUGGCAAGUACCUUGAUGUGAUCGGUGCUCUGGGAAGCCUGAUGGAGAUGAAGGAGCUGUCGGGAAUGCAGCCCCUGCAGCACCUUCCUCGGGAGGAGAGGGAAGAAGCGGGGCUGCAGAGACAGAAGGCCCUGGAGCUGCUGUGCAAAAAGAUCAGGAACCUCCAGCAUCGCCUGGAGAGGAAAGAAGAAAUGCUAAAAGAUUACGAGGGAAGCAUGGAGCAGUUGAGGCAGAACCAAGCGUCCCUGCGGAGGUGCCAGGAGGAGAUGUCCAACCUGGAAGAUGAAGCCCACAGGGAGGCAGAAGAGAAGGCUCUGCUGCGAGAGGCUCUGGAGAGGACCCAGCUCCAGCUGGAGCGGGAGAAGAGGCUGCGGCGAGCGGCCAAACGGCACAAGCCUGGAGCCACGAAGGAGCUCAGGCGAACCAAGAGCCAAAGAGCACACGGCAGAUGCUGUCAAGAAGGGAAACUCACAAGAGAGGCACCACAGGGGCAUGCAGCAGGUGAUGUCUGUGGUAGGAACGAGUCAUCACUGUAAACUUGGUGAUGGUGGAGCUGGCUUGAGAUGUGGGUACACUUUGAGUAGCUCCUGUUGGCGUCCUGUAGCUCUUGGGCAUGCUGGUGUGACAGUGCAGUGUGUAGGACCUAAUUUGCCAGCAGUCUGUGUCCCACACAGCAUGGUGGGAUUUAUGGCAAUGGGAGAGGUGGCGAAGAUACAACCUGACCUAUACAUGUGUGUAUUUAUUUGUGUGUGUAAAUACAGCCAUGACAUGUGAAGUCAA